AUGAGGAAAAGGAAUAAGAAAUCGAAGACAGCAGUGAAUGUGGAUCCAUUGAGGGUUGUUGAUGGUAAAUUACUUAUGACCUUUCACAAGUGGUUGCUUGGCACCAUUGGGAAUAAAUAUCCGAGGGAAUGCUUCUCAGGGACACACGAUGCUGCUUGGUUCCUGAAACUGCAUACUCCGAGGACAUGGCUUUCUGACUCUCAUUUAGAUGCAGCAUUUCAUCUCAUGAGGAGGCGUCUAGAAUUUUAUCCUAACGUGUACCCUCAGAAAUGUGUUGUUAUGCCUACAAUUUUUCCCGAAUCAUUGAAGGGUCGGUGGGACGCUUUUCCAUGUUCUGACUACUCUAGAUUUAGUUGGGAUGACAGUAUAUUGGACCUGGUUAGGGGUGAUGCAGUCCAGUUCUUACCGAGUUGGCAGAACAAGGAGUUCAUUUAUUUUGCCCUCUUCUUAAAAGACCAAAUGCAUUGGGUAGCUGUAGAGGCAGACCUGAAUGGGUGGAUGCUCAACAUCUUUGACUCCAGUAUUGGAUCAAUUUCCGAAAACGAUUUGAUCAGCUUGAUGGUUGACUGGUGCACCAUUUUCCCGUCGGUCUUGCGACAGUCCGGUUUAUUUGAGAACCAUGACGUUAUACUCGCGCCUCAGUUGACAGCAUCAGAGAGUCAGGUCAGACCCUUCGAUUGGAAACUCAUUCCACGUGAAUUCGUACCGCAAACAAAAUCCAGGUGA